UUUUGUCUUGGCUAUGGAUGUUGUGAUUGUCCGUAGGUGGUAGACGGUAUCUGAUUGUCGAACGCAGAGGUACCACCCAGCGGAUCUCGUAGGCGGUGCUAGAAUGUGUGCAUGUUGCACGCACACGUGUUGCCUCGAAAGAGUCCGUGCGGCGUCCCCCCUUUCCCCUGUGUCCCCUAUAGCCCUUCGGCCUUCGUGGUAGCUGGAGUAUAAAAAAAA